CGGCCUGAAAUAUAGCACUCUUCCCCCGUCUAAUUAAAAAUGCGUUCACUUCAAAACGGGGCAAUACUCCAGUGUCGCUGUUUGUUUCGUCCUGGUUCCUUCCGUCCUAAGUCUGACCUAAGUUAAUACAUUUGGGGACGUUUUAGAUUCAGUUAAGAGAGGACCGACGGACGGACUGCCAUCACUUGGAUCUGUGCCUGUAACAAGAAGCUGUGCUCUUCUUUUUUUGACCAACUGUCUCUUUAAAUCGCGGGCACCUUGUGCAAUAGAGGGCGGGUCGCCGCUGUGAGUGUGUGAGCAUUCCUGGGACCUUGCACCAGUCUCGGUAAGAGAGCUCAGCCCUUCACAUCGCAAAAGAGGGAAGGAAAGCAGACGGGACGCAAAUCCAGCCUUCUUAGCCUUUAUCCCGACUCGGAAUAUACUGUUAUCUUUCCAAGGCGGACCUGUCUCCCUGUUGCCCCCUCCUGGAGUUCGUGGACUUUCGAGCGGAUUUACUGGCAGAGGAGCUGUCCUCCAGCACCACCGAGGUCUAACAUCUGUACCUUUAGCCAUAUGAUAAUGCUGGUGCGAGAAGAUAUCUUGGCCAAAUCUCCAAUAUGCCACAGGGGUUAAUGUGUCCUACCCAGUCCAAAUUAUUUCCAUUUAUAUUGUGUGAAUUAUUCAUUUCAGCAUCUACUGCAGAAGGAAUGGAAUUCGGUGAUUUACAGUCCAAUUAAGCCAAAAUAUUCUCCUCAUCACAAAGGUGUGUAUAGUCUGAACUCUGGAGCGUACUUGCUGUGGAAGGUGUUUCCUGGAUCAACUUGCAUAACCAUAACCAGAAUAAUUUUGUGCCUCUCUGUGGGGGCAUUUUUGGAGCUUCCCAAUGUUUACAAGGAUUACUGGAAUACAAAGAAAUGCUACUCAUAUUAGCUGGGUUGGAUGCUUUCUUUAGAGACAAUUAAUGUCCAUUAGUGUCUUAACUGUGAAAUUUAACUGUGCACCUUUUACUCCAUUCUUCACCUUUUCUUUUUGAGCCUUAAAUUAUUACAUUUGCACCCUUUGACGAGAUUAGUACUUAUCCACAACCAUGGUACUCCACAAGCAUUCAGUUUCACUUGUACUGAAGGUGAGUUUGCUGCUUAGAGCCUUAGUUGGCCUUUGCCUAGGUCUGGAGUUCACAGGGUCCCCCACUCAGUGGGCACGAUACCUACGCUGGGAUGCAAGCACGACAGGGGACUUAAGUUUCCAGUUCAAAACCAGUGUGUCUUCAGCCUUGCUUCUCUAUUUUGAUGAUGGUGGAAGCUGUGAUUUUCUGCAGCUGUCCAUUAGUGAUGGGAAAGUAUUGUUGAAGUACAGUGUGGACUGUGCAGAGACAGUGAUUAGCACAAGCAAGGAAGUUAAUGACAGUGAGUGGCACUUUCUUAUGAUCAGUCGCAACCACCUAAGAACUGUCUUAGUUGUUGAUGGUGAGGCCAAAUCAGCAGAAGUCCGCCCAGAGCGCCAGUUCAUGAGAAUUGUUAGUGAUUUAUUUUUAGGAGGGGUUCCAUCAGAUAUUCGGCCAUCAGUACUUACUCUUCCUGGUGUGCAGAAGGAGUCUCCAUUUCUGGGAUUUAUUAUUGAUUUAAAAUAUGGAACACAAGUGCCUCAACUUCAGGACAGCCAAGGUGUCAUACUGGAAAUGGAGGGCCUUUGCACUAAAAACCCAUGUGAAAAUGGAGGAGUUUGCAACCUUUUGGAUGGGGAGCCUAUUUGUGACUGCACCAGCACAGGAUAUGUAGGGAAAUUCUGCAAUGAAGAGGGCAACCAUAUCCCAGGUUUCUCACACCUGAUGAUGAUGAGUGAACAAGGUAGAAGCAAAGCAAAAGAAGAAAAUGUUGCCACAUUUCGAGGAUCCGAGUACCUAUGCUACGAUCUGUCCCAGAACCCUAUCCAGAGCAGCAGUGAUGAGAUCACACUAGCGUUCAAGACCCAGCAACGGAAUGGACUGAUUCUGCACACGGGCAAGUCAGCUGACUAUGUUAACUUGGCAUUGAAAGAUGGAGCCGUUUCCCUGGUCAUCAACCUUGGGUCUGGUGCCUUUGAGGCCAUUGUGGAACCUAUGAAUCAGAAAUUCAAUGACAACCUUUGGCAUGAAGUAAAAGUGACACGCAACCUGCGACAGCACUCAGGCAUUGGACACGCUAUGGUGACUAUUUCGGUAGACGGCAUACUCACUACUACAGGAUACACACAGGAGGAUUAUACCAUGCUUGGAUCGGAUGACUUCUUCUAUGUUGGUGGAAGCCCAAGCACAGCUGACCUUCCAGGUUCCCCAGUCAGUAACAACUUCAUGGGCUGCUUAAAAGAGGUUAUUUAUAAAAACAAUGAUAUUCGACUUGAGCUCUCCAGGCUAGCCAGGAUUGGAGAUACAAAAAUGAAGAUUAAUGGUGAUGUGGUUUUCAAGUGUGAGACUGUCCCCACUCUAGAUCCAAUUUCUUUUGAGAGUCCUGAGGCCUUCAUAAGCCUACCCAAGUGGAACACCAAGCGAAUGGGUUCAAUUUCAUUUGACUUUCGCACAACUGAGCCCAAUGGCCUGAUUCUUUUUACCCAUGGGAAGCCUCAAGAUAGAAAGGAUGCAAGAAGCCAGAAAAAGACCAAAGUUGACUUCUUUGCUGUCGAACUGUUAGAUGGUCACUUAUAUCUUUUGCUGGACAUGGGCUCAGGUGCUAUCAAGGUGAAAGCAACUCAGAAGAAGGCAAAUGAUGGUGAUUGGUACCAUGUUGACAUCCAGCGUGAUGGUAGAUCAGGUACUAUAUCAGUAAACAGCCGUCGGACACCUUUCACAGCCAGCGGAGAGAACGAGAUACUAGACCUUGAAGGGGACAUGUAUUUGGGAGGGCUACCUGACAAUCGUGUGGGGCUUAUCUUCCCCACAGAGCUCUGGACUGCUAUGCUUAAUUAUGGCUAUGUGGGCUGCAUUCGAGAUCUUUUCAUUGAUGGCAGGAGCAAAGAUAUUCGCAAACUAGCUGAAGCACAGAAUGCGGCUGGAGUAAAGCCGUCUUGCAAUAAACCACUUGCCAAGCAGUGUGACAGUAACCCAUGCAAAAACAAUGCUCAGUGUAAGGAUGGCUGGAACCGGUUUAUCUGUGACUGUACAGGGACAGGUUUCUGGGGACGAACCUGCGAGAGAGAGGCCUCCAUCCUGAGUUAUGAUGGCAACAUGUAUAUGAAGGUUGUAAUGCCUGUAGUUAUGCAUACAGAAGCAGAGGAUGUGUCCUUCAGGUUUGUCUCACAACGUGCCUUUGGCCUGCUCAUAGCAACAACAUCAAGAGAAUCAGCUGACACAUUAAGAUUAGAACUGGAUGGUGGUCGAGUAAAACUAACGGUCAACUUAGACUGUAUCAGGAUUAACUGUAACUCCAGUAAAGGCCCAGAAAUCCUUUACGCUGGACAGAAACUCAAUGACAAUGACUGGCACACGGUACGAGUCAUUCGACGGGGCAAGAGUUUGAAGCUGACUGUGGAUGAUGACACAGCGGAAGGACAAAUGGUAGGAGAUCACACACGACUGGAAUUUCACAAUAUCGAGACUGGGGUAAUGACUGAAAAACGUUACACCUCUGUCGUCCCAUCAAGCUUCAUUGGCCAUCUUCAGAGUCUUCUUUUUAAUGGGAUGAUGUACAUUGACUUGUGCAAAAAUGGAGAUAUUGACUACUGUGAACUGAAUGCCCGCUUUGGCAAGAGGAACAUUAUUGCUGACCCUGUGACUUUCAAAUCUAAGGCUAGUUACCUGACGUUAUCUACACUGCAAGCAUAUGCAUCCAUGCAUCUCUUCUUUCAGUUCAAGACCACAUCUCCUGAUGGCUUCAUCCUUUUUAACAGUGGUGAUGGCAAUGACUUUAUUGCUGUGGAGCUCGUCAAGGGGUAUAUUCACUAUGUUGUUGACCUGGGAAAUGGUCCUAAUAUCAUCAAGGGAAACAGUGAUAAGGCUCUCAGUGACAACCAGUGGCAUGAUGUUGUGAUCAGCAGAGACAACAGCAACACACACACCCUGAAGAUAGACACCAAAUCUGUUACACAGGUCAUCAAUGGUGCCAAAAAUCUCGACCUGAAAGGAGAUCUGUAUAUUGCAGGCCUUCCACAUAGCAUGUACAGUAAUCUGCCAAAGCUUGUAGCUUCCCGAGAUGGUUUUCAGGGAUGUCUGGCAUCAGUUGACCUGAAUGGGCGCUUAGCAGACCUAAUUAAUGAUGCAUUGCACCGUAGUGGACAGAUUGAGCGUGGAUGUGAAGUUGAAUUCACCAAAGCUGAUCUCCAAGGUCCUAGUACCACAUGUCAAGAAGACUCGUGCAUGAACCAGGGCAUUUGCAUCCAACAGUGGGAAGGCUACACCUGUGACUGUUCUAUGACCUCGUAUUCAGGCACCCACUGCAACGACCGUGAGUACCAUCCCUUUUUUUUAUUAACAUACAUUAAGACACCCACUGCAAUGACUAGAGAUACAUUGAAACUUUUCUUAAUGAUGGCUAAAACAAUACCUGAUUAUUCUCAUUAUAUGAUCCCUUUUGGAGUAGACAUCAUGAGCUAUGACUCUUAUGAGCACGAGAACAAUGUUUUACACAGCGUGGGUGGCUUGUUAGAAGACAACAAAUGCAACAUUGUAUUUGAUAAUGGUCUUAUCAGCAAGCAUUCGUAG